CCAGUGCGCAGAGGGCGCUCCGCUGGCCGUGCCGUGCGCCUGCGCAGUGCGGGCCGCUCCCCGCCCCCUGCCCCGCGGCCCCGCAGCCGGCCGGCCCGGCCCCGCCUCGGCUCGGCGCUCUCACCCGGUUCUCAGCCGCCGCUGUACCCCGCAGCAGCAGCAGCCAGCUCGGCCUCCGGCAGGAUGUUCAGCUGGGUUAGCAAGGAUGCCCGCCGCAAGAAGGAGCCGGAGCUCUUCCAGACGGUGGCCGAAGGGCUGCGGCAGCUGUACGCACAGAAGCUGCUGCCCCUGGAGGAGCACUACCGCUUCCACGAUUUCCACUCGCCCGCGCUGGAGGACGCUGACUUCGACAACAAGCCCAUGGUGCUCCUCGUGGGCCAGUACAGCACGGGCAAGACCACCUUCAUCCGGCACCUGAUCGAGCAGGACUUCCCGGGGAUGCGCAUCGGGCCCGAGCCCACCACCGACUCCUUCAUCGCGGUCAUGCACGGCCCCACCGAAGGCGUGGUGCCGGGCAACGCGCUCGUCGUCGAUCCGCGGCGCCCCUUCCGCAAGCUUAACGCCUUCGGCAACGCCUUCCUCAACAGGUUCAUGUGCGCCCAGCUGCCCAACCCGGUCUUGGACAGCAUAAGCAUCAUCGACACUCCCGGGAUCCUGUCUGGAGAGAAGCAGCGCAUCAGCAGAGGUUACGACUUCGCGGCCGUGCUCGAGUGGUUCGCCGAGCGCGUGGACCGCAUCAUCCUGCUCUUUGACGCCCACAAGCUGGACAUCUCCGACGAGUUUUCCGAAGUCAUCAAGGCCCUGAAGAACCACGAGGACAAGAUCCGCGUGGUGCUGAACAAGGCCGACCAGAUCGAGACGCAGCAGCUGAUGCGGGUCUACGGGGCCCUCAUGUGGUCCCUCGGGAAGAUCAUCAACACGCCCGAGGUGGUCAGGGUCUACAUCGGCUCCUUCUGGUCCCACCCGCUGCUCAUCCCCGACAACCGCAAGCUCUUCGAGGCCGAGGAGCAGGACCUCUUCAAGGACAUCCAGUCGCUGCCCCGGAACGCCGCCCUCAGGAAGCUCAACGACCUGAUCAAGCGGGCGCGCCUGGCCAAGGUCCACGCCUACAUCAUCAGCUCCCUCAAGAAGGAGAUGCCCAAUGUCUUUGGCAAAGAGAGCAAGAAGAAAGAGCUGGUCAACAACCUGGGCGAGAUCUACCAGAAGAUCGAGCGCGAGCAUCAGAUCUCCCCCGGCGACUUCCCCAGCCUCCGCAAGAUGCAGGAGCUCCUGCAGUCCCAGGACUUCAGCAAGUUCCAGGCCCUGAAGCCCAAGCUGCUGGACACAGUGGACGACAUGCUGGCCAACGACAUCGCCCGGCUGAUGGUCAUGGUGCGUCAGGAGGAGUCCCUGAUGCCCGCCCAGGCCGUGAAGGGCGGCGCCUUCGAAGGCACCAUGAACGGGCCCUUCGGGCACGGCUACGGCGAGGGGGCCGGCGAGGGCAUUGACGACGUCGAGUGGGUGGUGGGCAAGGACAAGCCCACCUACGACGAGAUCUUCUACACGCUGUCGCCCGUCAACGGCAAGAUCACGGGCGCCAACGCCAAGAAGGAGAUGGUGAAGUCCAAGCUGCCCAACACGGUGCUGGGCAAGAUCUGGAAGCUGGCCGACGUGGACCGGGACGGGCUGCUGGACGACGAGGAGUUCGCCCUGGCCAACCACCUCAUCAAAGUCAAGCUGGAGGGCCACGAGCUGCCCGCCGACCUGCCCCCGCACCUGAUCCCGCCCUCCAAGCGGAGGCCCCAGUGACCGCGGCCCCGCCGGCCGAGUCGGCCGCCUCCAUGCCGGCCCUGCAGCGGCUGGGGGAGCGGAGGGGCGGCGGUUCCCAAGCCCACAAGGACCGAGCCCUGUUGCCGCAGCUCGCAAAGGAAAACCACCGUCUUUCUCUUAAGGCUGCUGCCAGGGAGGCCGGGGUGAUCCUUACAUGUGAAGGGUGGAAUUUUGUGCAUAAGAACUACGGAUAUUUUUAAUAUAUAACGUUAGAGGCAGCCUUCUCUCUGGCCUCCUCCGCCUCCUCCUCCGUCUGGCGGCCCCAGCGCACCCCGCCUCUGUCCUGCGCGUCCUCGGCUCCUGCGCUGGCUCUCUAGCACCUGCCGCCCCGGGGGAGGGCGCCCGGCUCACCCCUCCCGCGGCUGCAACCAUGUAGACGGGGACGCGGGACCUCGUUUGUUUCUAGGCCGAGUGGCUCCACCAGGCCAGGGGCUUCCUUCCCGCCCAGCCCUGCCCUCUCCCUCCGCUCCCAGAUUCAGUUAGUUCUUGUGCCUUCCUCCCACCCCUACCCCCCGCGUCCUCCUGUCCACGGGCCUGCUCCUUGCUCUCAAGCCCAGCUGCCUUUCUGGGGAGGCGGGGGCUGGGCGAGUGUGAGAGAGCACAUCUUCCAGAGAAAUACAUAAGCUAGGUUUCUGUAAAGUUAACAGCUUUCCUACUGGACUGAAUUUUCCAGUAACUUCCCAACCACUUGUUCAGAAGCUGUGAUUUUUGUCUCCUUCCCCACACUCCAGCCAGGGGACAACUCCACUCAGGAGCCAUCAGACAUGGGGUGUGUGCAGAGCACACCCCGCCGGAGCCCCCGGAGAGAGCUGCUUUCUCCUCCCCUCGCCCUCCUGCAAUGUCCUGGUGGCACCGCCCUCCCUGCCUUUGCUGCGCAGUGGGUCCCCGGAACCUGGUGUGGCGUGGCGUGGUGCUCCAGCCAGCAGAGGCCAGGGCCCCCCCCACCCCCAACCCCUCCCCCUGCCCGCCUGCCUUCCUCCCUGAGCAAAGGGGGGCGCUGCUCAACUUGGAUGCCCUUAAAAUAGCAGCCCCGGGGCUGAGCAGCGAGAAACCUGAGCCAGUGAGAGGCCAGCUCAGGCCACCUCUCUGCCCUGCCUCGGCUGGGCUAUCCCAGCACGGCGUCCAGGGGUCUGGACCUGCCUGCUGGCCAGUGGUCAGGGCCUGGAGCCGACAUCGAAGAACCACCGCGGCGGGGGAGCAGGCCUCCCACCAGGCACUCCCUCAGGGGUUUCGGGGACUCCACUCUGACCUCUGACCGUGGUCCCCCUCCCAGUGCCGUUCUCUAGACCUCUGCCGGGCCCUAGUGGCCAGGAACUGGCCUUGUUACCUCCAGCCGGCCUCGGCCCCCUAUUCCAUAGGGUAUCGGGGGUGGAAGCAACAUCCUUGUCGGGAAUUCACUGUUUAAGGUGCAAUGGCUUAACCACCCUUACCUGUGGGAAGAAAAAGCAACUGAAGACAAGACUUUUUUUCUUGCAUUAAAACAGUUUAAUUGUGCCGAA